UCUUUUUGGCAACCAUUGUUAAUGUUAGACUCUGUAAAAAGAGAACUUGACUGAUAAAAUGAUUGGUAAGAGCAUUGCAGUCACAAGUAAAGAAGGUGUAACUUUGUUCUCAACUGAACCACGGGAUUUGGAAAAUGUUCUCCUCAAUAUUGGCCACAAACUCCUUCACAUGACACAAAGACCCCGUGAAUGUGUUGAAAAAUAUCAUGCUUCUCAUUGGUUAUAUAUUGGUCAACCAAUGAACAACCCAAGUUAAAACAGCUGAUGCAAUGCAAUUGCAAUUGCUUCUCAUCAAAUUUUUCACAGUGGAGAACACAUCUUGCAUCACCCUUUCUUCAUUCAGAACUUAUGGCAAACACCUUGUGCCCCAUUGAGCUGGAGCCUAGAACACUAAAUCAAGUGCAGCUCACCCAAGCUAGGGAAGUAGCUGCAGAGGUAGUUCAGAAGUUGGAACCAUGUGAAGCAUCAGCUCUAUUCAUUGAGGGGCUGAUGCAUCCAAUACAGAAAGUGAUGCAAAUGGAUGAAAACGAAAACCUAACUGAGAAGCUUGCUGAUUGCAUGAAGAAAGCUGAGUCUAUUACUGAUCAGAGCAAAGCUUGUCAUUGUCAAUGCUCCUGUGCCACUGAAAACUCAUUCAAAGAGCCACUUUCUGCACCCUUUUGAUUUAAGCUUUCUUGCAUUAUAUCCUAGUACUAAAUUUGUUCCCUUUUUUUCCUUCUCAUGCUACUCAUGUCAGAUGCAAAUGCUGCUACUAGUUGCUAAUAAAACCAGGGUUCAGACAAGUAUACAACAUUGUUCUGAAUGCACCACCAAAUUCAUGUUUCCUUUCAUGUAAAAUGGAACCAACUCCAAUAUGCAAUAUACUAAAGUGACUUCACAGAAAAAAAAACAACCCAAAAUCCACAAAAAUCUGUCAUUUUUCUGAUAGAUUUUACAAGUAGUUCUGAUAAGGUGUUUCAUUGAGAUCUGGGUUUUGUUUAGGCCCUUUUGGUUUCUUUGUUUUGUUUCAGUGAUGACCAAAAAUACAACCUUUCAAACACAUGAUUGAUAAUGUAUCUUAUCUAGAAAACAUAAGCUCGAGAAUCUAAGAAUGUUUGUUUUAGAUACCAAGUCCUAUAAAAUUGUAAGUUCUUUUAUAGGUAAUGUUCUGGAAUGGAU